AGCCGUUGCGAGGCGCGCGGACCGGGACUCUCUGUCGCUGCUGAAAUUUCCUUCUGCGCAUGAUGACGCGUUGCCGUGUGCGCUGCGCUCCGGCGCCGCUCGGCUAGCAGCGGCAGCGGCAGGAAGUAUGCUGUCGAAGCGGCGGUGGGGAAAGACCCGAGAACCAAAAGUCGGUGGUUGAAGAGGAGGAGGAGAAAUAACCAUGUCUAAUCCGUGAAACUUGCACAUUUUGCAUCUCCGCGCCGUGCAUCGUUCAUUUCGCGGGCGCAGAGGCCAAUUGAGGGUGAUACCUCAUUGGCUGGUGUGACCCCCGCAGGCCCGCCACCUCCCAGGGUGGGCCCCGAUUGGCUGGACCUGCACUGACGGCUCUCGGGGAGAAAAUGGCCGCCACCUCUGCCCUCAGCUGAAGAGCUAAGCCCUGCUGUUUCCUCCCCUACCCUAUCACUGUUCAUUGCUGUAUUGUGAACCGUGAUUCUCUCCAACCGAUUCGCUUUAGAGUACUAUGGCAAUGCAUGAUAUGAGUCGUGCCAAGGGUUUCCCCUGUAAAGAGUGUGAUAUGGUUUGCCCGAGUACUCCAAGUCUUCUAGAGCAUAUGAAAGCACAUUAUCAGCAGGAAGAGACCGGACGUUUUGAGUGUGAACAGUGUGGCCGAAUUUACAAACACGCAGCUAGCCUCGCUAAUCAUAAAAAAUCUCAUGAAGUGGGUUCCUUCCAGUGUCCUGUUUGUACCCGUACCCUGCCCAACGCUGUAGCUUUGAAGAACCACCUACGUAUCCAUACUUUGUCCCCCAGUAGUGCACACACAGAAGAAGAGAGCGAAGAAGUACCCGAAGAAGCAGGCCACGACGAGAGGGACUACGGUCUCGCCCAGGACCUCUCCGACGGGUUUGGGCGCUCCCAUUUGAAUAAUAGUGGUAUGGGACAUAGUGUCCUACAAAGCCACGAGACAGACGACCACGGAAAAAAAGGCUCCCCUGAAUCCGACGACGCUUGGGACAGACCAUUCAAGUGUGAUCAGUGUGAUAGAACCUACCGGCAUCACGGUAGUCUGGUGAACCACAAAAAGUGUCACCAACAAGGAACUUUUAAGUGCUCUGUGUGUUUCAAACAAUUUAGCAACCUGGCUGCCUUAAACAGCCACGAGAGAACUCACUCGAAGUUCAAGCCCCCCGGGGCAUCCAUGGUGAGCAGCAGCAGUAGCAGCAGCAGCCUCCACGACUCGGAGCGCAGCAGUGGCAAUCAGUCGUCCCAGAACGACGACACGGCCUCCUGCUUCUGCCACCUGUGCCAGGUAGCGCUGCCGAAUAAGACAGACUUCCAGGAGCACAUCCUGCUGCACAACACGGCCUCGCCAUCCCUCGGCCUGCCCCGCAGUUUCCCAGGCAUCAUGCCUCACAAUCUGAGUGCAGUUCGAUCCCCAGCAUACACUCCGGCCCUGGGGGACCCUCUGCCCCUGCCACCCCUGCCCAGUGAGAAAAGAGGUCCCUACGACCCCAUAAUGGGCCCUCCAGUCAACAAUCCCAUCUACACAUGUGCAUACUGUGGCGCAGGACACCCAGAUCUCGAGACCUUGAAAGUCCACUAUCUAACCCACGAUCCCCACCCUGCUUCCCAUGGCCAGGACAGCUCCAUCCUCAAUUCAGACACCCUAAGUUCUGGAUCACAGGGCUCGGUGUCUUCACCCUCUGGAGGCCGUGUACCCCAGGCCAAUUCUCCAGAUGACGGAGAGCGGCGCUUUAAAUGUGGGGAGUGUGGAAAAAGCUACCGGCAUGCAGGAAGUCUGGUCAACCACAAACGCUGCCAUCAGACAGGCCACUACCAGUGCACCAUCUGCUGUAAGCAGUACCCUCACCUGGCAGCGCUACACAGCCACCUACGAAGCCACAAGGGACGUCCCUCCAACCAGCCUAUUAACAAUGACAGCAAUGACUGGUUAUCUCCAGAGCCACUAACUCUGGACUCCCAGCAGAGCUACGUCCAGGAAGGCAGUGGUGCCACCACUCCAAUCUCACUGCCGGGGAAUCUUGGUGAUGCUGCCCACUUUGUACCAGAUGGUGGCCACAGCAGUGGGUUGGACUCUCUUGAGUUCCACGAUCGCUUUGAUGGCAGCUCACUUUCCCAGAGCAACUCUGCUCACCGUCAGGCCGACAGACACGUGUGUGCCGACUGCGGUGAGAUGUAUGGCGAUGUAUCUGGCAUCAAGUCACACAUGUGUCCCCGCCAUGGCCAGCAACAGCAGGCACAACAGCAGCAGGGCAACAUGUCGAACGGUUUUAUGGGGAACAUGAACUACCACAGCUCCAGCGGAACUUCACUGUCUGCUGGAGGCUCGGGCAGCCUGAAGGAAGGCGGCAGCCAACGACAGUACGCCCACAGCGGAGGCAAGAGAAUGGGGAGCAAUGACAAAGAUGACGAGGAUGAUGGAGAAGUGUAUCACUGCUCGGUGUGCGGCAACCACUACGCCAGCCUCAGAGCUCUCAGGAGCCAUCUGCGUAGCCAUGCCAAUAACCCAACAGGACCAGGACCUUCCACCCUGGAGCAGGAUUGGAGAAUGAUCUGCUCCACCUGUGGCCAGAGCUUCUCCAGGAAACAGGACCUCCUGAAUCACCAGUUAGUCCAUGGCCCCCAAAGGCCAGACGGCCAGCAACAGGGUAUUGGAGGCAGCUCAGCUAAUGGCAAUGAUAAGAUGGACGGACGCAGCCACAUUUGUGUUGACUGUGGCAUGUUUUUUGCUGACCGCCACCACCUCAUCACCCACCUGUGCCCUGGGAAGAGUCGGGCUGGCUCACUGAGCAAGCAGGGCCUGAAUGGAGCCAAAGGGAUGUCUGGAGGAGAUGGUGUUGGUGCUGGGGUCGCCGGAGGGAGUCGUGAUGUUGGUGGCGAUGGACGUAGGCCUAUGGUUGACCAAAGUGACAAGCCCCACAAGUGCGACCAAUGUGGAAGAGGAUACAGACACCCCUGCUCACUCCUUAACCACAAAAAGUCCCAUAAGACUGGGGUUUUUCGCUGCUUGGUGUGCCAGAAACGAUACUACAAUCUGCUGGCUCUCAAGAAUCACCAAAGGACCCACUUUGACCUGAAGAGGCACAAGUGUGAAGAAUGCGGCAAGGCCUUCAAGAUCCAAAAGCAGCUGAUCAACCACCUCCGUCUCCAUGAGGAGCAUCGGGCCAAAGGUCUUGUUCGGACCGGCCCAAAUGGUUCCCGAUUCCAGCAGCCUGGCCCCUCUCAAAUGCAGACUAUGAGAGGAGAGUCAUCAAAGGGCCAGGUAAUGGGUGUCAAAUACAGCCAUCAGGGGUUCAAAAAGCCCUACUCUUCAGCUGGAACUUCCAGGCCCCAGAAGUUUGACCCAGCUGAAAGUGGACGUCGGCCUUUUGCCUGUGAAGAAUGCGGAAAGACAUACCGACAUGCGGGCAGCCUAGCCAAUCACAAGAAUCUUCACAAAAUCGGGGAGUACCACUGCAAUGUUUGCAACUCUACAUACCCCAACAGGCUGGCAAUGAAAAACCACUUGCGUCUCCACUUUGCCCAGAAGAAGCACAACUGCCAAGAGUGUGGCAAGGGCUUCCGCACUCAGAGGCAGCUAGCUACCCACACUACAGCUGGGCUGUGCAAAGGCCCUCAGGGCCCUGGGGCCCAGAUGGAUUUUGAGUGUGAUGGCUGCUGUGAAGGCUUUGCCACGGCUGAUGAGCUUGCAGCCCAUGACUGCCCAGCCCAGCACCUGCCUUCGUCCUCCUCCACCAACAGCUCCACCAACAUCAGCAUGGAGAGAAGCUCUGUGGACCUGGACUCUGAUGAGAGACCCUACGCCUGUGACCUGUGCAGCUGCGCCUACAAACAUGCAAGCUCUUUGCUGAACCACAAGCACACCCACAAGACAGGCAACUUCCGGUGCAACUUCUGCGACAAGCCGUACACCAACUACAUGGCGCUACGCAACCACAUGCGCAUCCACACACAGCGGAAGAAGCACAUCUGCCACACGUGCGGGAAAGCCUUCCGGCUGGCCAGGUUCCUCCGUAACCACCAGAAGGUCCAUGAGGAGGGGGCUACCCCCUUUGGCUGCCCCACCUGUGGGAAGAGUUUCCAGGGGAGAUCCGGUCUGGCCAGGCACCGCUGCGGGGACAACCAGGUAGGCAUGGAAGUCAGGAGGAAGGCCACUGCACCCACGGGAGAGGGCGAAGAGUGUCGGUACACAUGUGAUCAAUGCGGCCGCUCCUACCGCCAUGCCAGCUCCCUCCUCAACCACAAGAACACCCACACUGUCGGCAUCUACCACUGCGCCGUGUGCCUCAAGACAUACUCCAACCUGCUUGCCCUGAAGAACCACCGCCGUAUCCACUCUGAGACACGGCGCCACCGUUGCCACGACUGCGGCAAGGCCUUCCGUGUUUCCUCCCAGCUCUACAACCACCGACGAGUCCACCAGAAGCAGCGGGAGCUGACCUGCCGGUCCUGCCAACGAGCCUUUCCUACGCAGGCCAGCUUCAGGCUCCACAUGGAGAUCACCCACGGCCAGGCACCGCAGCCCCGCCAGCCCAGACCCCAGCAGCCCCGACCAGGGGGCUCCCAGGAGCUGGGCUGGGGGUCAGGCUUGGACCUCACCUUGAUGCAAGAGCAAGGACUCGACCCCGGCAGCAUGGCCAAAGCCCGCAGCCGUGGGGGCAACAGUGAGGUCAUCAAGUCCCACGUCUGCGACCAGUGUGGGCGGUCUUACCGCCACGCCAGCUCCCUGCUCAACCACAAGAACAGCCACAAGACCGGGACCUACUUCUGCAACUCCUGCCAGAAGGAGUUCCCCAACCUGAUGUCCCUCAAGAACCACCGGCGGAUCCACACCGAGCCCAAACGCUACCAGUGCCCCGACUGCGGCAAGUCCUUCCGUGUCUCCACUCAACUCAUCUGCCACCGCCGCAUCCACACCAAGGAGAAGCCGUUCUCCUGCCAACAGUGUGACAAGCGCUUCUCGUCCAAGUCCAACCUGAGGCACCACAUGAAGGUGCACUGGAGCAGCUCGACGGCGCCUCCUCCCAUGGCCAUGGGUGCGCCCAACUUCCUGGACCUGAGUCCGGUGAGUCCGCCCAGCAGCUCCAGGAGCUUUGUCUGCACUCAGUGUGGGCGGUCUUACCGCCACGCCAGCUCCCUGCUCAACCACAAGAACAGCCACAAGACCGGGACCUACUUCUGCAACUCCUGCCAGAAGGAGUUCCCCAACCUGAUGUCCCUCAAGAACCACCGGCGGAUCCACACCGAGCCCAAACGCUACCAGUGCCCCGACUGCGGCAAGUCCUUCCGGGUGUCCACGGCGCUCGUCUGCCACCGCCGCAUCCACACCAAGGAGAAGCCGUUCUCCUGCCAUCAGUGUGACAAGCGCUUCUCGUCCCGGUCCAACCUGAGGCACCACAUGAAGGUGCACUGGAGAGGUCCGCCACUGUCCAGAGGGACACCGUCCGCCUUCCUCACCGUCCCCUCCAGGCCUUUCUAGACCUCCCUGUUCUCAUGACCUCGUGUUGUCCUGAGACAGUCUGGACCAGCAGGAGGAACGCCAGGAC